AUGGCCGGCCCCCGGCAGAUCAAAGAUGCGCCAAUGGCCUGCCCAGCAGCUUCGAUUCAGUCAUACACUGCUGAACUCUGGCGCCAUCGUGAUGCCUGUCUCGCUAUCUUCAAAUCUUACGAAGAGAAGUACACUGAUGCCUUCUGGGGCCCUAACGAUGAGGACGCUGAAAAACCGGACUCUGGAGAUGCGAAAGCUCGCCUGAAACUUUCCACUCAAGUUGUCCUCGACGACGGAAAGCGUCACUUCCCUCCCCCCUUCACCCGUCUUAGUGACGAACUCGUCUAUCUGGCUACGAAGUUCCUCAAGGCUACUGAUCGUGGCAGAGAUUACCCAUACGACUUUCUGCCACGAGGUGACAUCGAUCCUGAACGCGUUCCCUCGGGCGUGGGCCCCAUUGUCUGGGCUCAUGGCCUACCUUUCUUCCCCGUUUAUAAGGGAUACUAUAUCCUCUGUGGAAGAGAACACGCCAAGUGGAUCGGAUGGUGGCUUCACCCAAGGACUCAAAAUUUCAUGAGAAGCUACCCAAUCUGGACCAUCGGACCUGUUGUUGCCCCCGGAUCCGCAGUUGAGCUAGAACGAUCGAUCGAACGUCAAUUGUUCAAUCACAAAACUCUCUCUGCAAAGGAUUGUGAGAAGGGCAUGGAAAAGGCCCCGCCUGCUCGUGAUGUUAUGUCUGACAGUCACAUCGACGGCUCUGUGGUUCCCAUGGAUAGCAAAGACAGUUUCACUGUUGCGCCUAUCUACCGGCUUCGGGGCUAUUCAAUCAAAGUCGGUCCUAUCACUGGGCCACACGGCAAAAAGGUCUUACAGAUCAGAAAGUCCUACUUUUCUUUGUACAAGGUGAACGUCAAGGACUUUGAUUGGGAUGCGGUAUCAAAGCGUGCUUACGCCAAUGAGAAACACCCGCAGCUCUACGAGGAUGAUGAGUCGGAAAAAGAUACUGAGGUUAUGGCCGACGCAACUGACUCCAAUGGCUCCGAUUCUGCAGAUGACAUGGACGAGACUCGAGAUGGAGAUCUCAGUGCCCCAGAAGAAGCCAAUACCGACGAUGAGAUGGCCCUAAACGCAGACAAAGAGCUGAAUGAGGAAGAUAAAGUUUCUGUUGAUGAACAAACUGAGACUGCAACACCUGCUGUGGACCUUCAGGAUGUCAGCAUGGAGACAAACAACAGUGAGGAAGCUAUUGAGACCACCGAGGCCCCAGAAUCCCCCAUCAGCCCCUCUAGCACCACACGAGAGAAAAUUGUCAACGGAGAUCAAGCUGCUGAAGCCACCCCGGCAGGCAAUCUCAAUGAUACCUCAGACAGCGAAGUGACCACUGCCAAGGAUCAGCAGACUACUGAUGAAGAGACCAACAUCGAUCAUACCAAAGAAAUUGGAAACAAUUCCUCCAAGUCGCAUACCCCGGAAACUUCCGUCGAUGCAGAUGUAAUCACAGACAGUCUGAGUCUUUCCCAUAAAGCUCAAUCCACUCCGGCACCUAAAUCCACUCCAGCAUCUGGAGACGCCGCUCUGAUAGACUCCGAGGGAGGCGUUGAGCUCGAAGAUGACGGAUAA